CUUCCCCCGAACAAUCCGACAUUCAGUGUUUUUCGUUUGUGUUGCGCCAACGACGUUCUGACUUGUACCCAUCCGAAAAUCGCGAAAUCCACCUGGCCGGUUGCAUUAAGCCAUAGCCUUUGGGUAUUUCGCGUCAGGGUUUGCGCGCCUGGCCCGGUCCGGCCUCCGCCGAGAGUCUACCGUUACAGCACCGAAAGGAGAACGAGAGCCCGAGUCCCACACUGCAAUCGGGCCACAUGUGAGGCGAGCGCCACAAGGAAAUAGUCCUCGCCAUGCAGUCAUCCAGUCAACGUAUUGGGAAGUCUCCCGCACCGUCCGACGCACACAUGCCCUUGGGCACACCUGCUCCUUAUGGGCAUGCGUGUACGAAUUGCGCCAAGGCAAAAUGUAAAUGCAUCCACCGCGACGGAGGAGGAGCCUGCGAGCGGUGCUUCCGGCUCAAAAAGGACUGUAACCCAUCCGUUCCCAACCGGAAGCGAAAUCCACGAAAAACCCCUUCCUCGAGGACUGCGCAUCUCGAGGAGAAGCUGGAUGACCUGGUCUCUCUGAUCAGGUUACAGACCAACAUCAGAGCUCCCGGCAAGGCCAACUCACCUUCUACAAGACCCGAGACACAUGGCUUAGGCGGGCCGCCGACUGUCCCAUCGCUGUCAUCCGUGUCGACCCCCAAUGAGAGCCCGGCAGGGCCUGCUUCUGGCGAGACGUAUGCAACGGAUGUAACAAGUCCGUCGAGUACGGGUGUGGGCUUUGAAUAUGACUGCCCUAUUGCCGAUGAUGUUGCAGAAUCAAAUUUGGCCCUAUUCCGGAGGGACAUGGUGCGGUUCUGCCCUAUAGUCUAUCUGCCUCCGUCCUUAACCGCCAAAGAACUUCGACGGACUCACCCGUUUCUGUGGCUCAGCAUCAUGGCAUGUGCCUCCUGUUCCAUGAAGGAGGCCUAUGCCUUGGGAGACAAAUUGAGACAGGCCGUCGCCACCAAGGUGGUGAUUGAUCUGGACAGGAACCUCGACUUGCUGCAGAGUUUGCUGGUGUUUAUGCAAUGGCCUCACUCUCACAGGACUGACAAGCCUUGGCUAUCGCUCUGGACCAAUAUGGGGCUCGCCAUGGCUCAAGACCUGGGGUUUAUGAGCGUGCACGGAGAGACAGCGUACACGUACGUCAAGAAGUUUUGGCUUCCCAAGUCUCAGAACAAGAAUUGCCAUGGGCAGAGUAAUACAGCCCGAACUAUGGAAGAACGCAGGACGGUACUGGCCUUUUAUGUGUGGACGAGCAUGUCCUCUCAAAUGGUCAGAAGAGAGAAUGCUAUCCGUUGGACACCCUUCAUGGAACAAAACCUACGAGCUAUCAUCGAGACCCCAGAGUGGGAGGGCGACAGCAUCCUUGCUACACAGGUCCGAUGUGCGCUCGUGGGCCAGCAGAUGACAGAUCUGGCCAUUCAACAGGCCUAUCGCGCUGGAGAGUCCCGAAUACCCAUGUACUUUCACAACUCAUUGAGUGCUCAAUUAGAGGACAUCUGGCGAACGCUUCCGGCAAACCUCGUGCAGAAUGAGGCAGUCCUGCUGUCUCUGUACGGCGCAGAGGUUGCUGUCCAUGACCUGGCUUCCAACUUUGAUCCAUCAUUAGACAAUGUAGACAUUAUCAAGCGCUUGGAUGCACUACAGAAAUGUCUCAAAGCCGUGGAGAACUUCUUCCAGACCUGGGAUAGAAUACCAACCCAACAACACAUGGGUCUCACCCUCACCACCUUCAUCCAGCUUCUACACGUCAUCGUUGCGCUCUUCCGGCUCAGCACUCUUGAUAGCAUCCCUGGGUGGGACCCUGCCGUGGCCAGGGGCAGACUCCAUCUUUUUGCGUUAUUGGAUCAUCUUGCAAAACAGAUGGAAAUGACCAUUGCGACGAUUCCCAUCCUGGAAGAUGAUGAAGAAGCCAGCACCUGGUCCAAAGCUGCAAAGGUGAUGAGAUUGAUCAAGCAAGGGAUCAAGAGAGAUUUCCCAAACCUUGAUCCUCUGGGUAGUACGGGCAUUGAGCAAGUCUCUGCCAUGGCUGCAGGCGGCGCAGAUCUUCAGGGAUCGUCACAAGAGAUCCAGGACGCCUUCCUGACAAAUUUCGGGGACGACCCGUGGCUAUCAGCCAUCUUUAUCCCGUGGGAUUCUAUGAAUUUUUAGGUUACUUCACUCUACGGUUGUAUGCGUGCUGGGCCCUGGACAUUAUGCGAAGAUUCGCUUUGGUAAUCACCCAUGUAAUCUAUCUACGCUCACUCAAUCUUGAAAAUAUUCCAUGUAUUUAAUUAUACCUCCU